AUGGAAGUCCAUCCAGCGAAUGAGUUUUACCUUCAGACGCGCGAAAUCGCGACCGGGAAUGUUGUUGGAUGUGCUGGAGCCUUGGAGGUUGUGCCUGUAUCCCAAGUACGCCUGCCCCCCGCCCCGGUUCUAGACGUCCAUGCCUACCUCGCUGAUGUCCCAUAUACAACGUCCAAAGAGGCUAGAAGAGCCGUCACUUCAUCGCAGAAUGGCAUCCGUGGAGACGCUGGCGUUGAUAUAUCCGAUCAUGGCUUGACGUUGGACGAUGAGUUUCCCGACGAAUUUGAAGAGGGGCUUGUGCAGGAAAUCUACCGGCGGCUCACUCGGACUUCCGUCUCGGACAUCCCAGGUCCCGAACCAGAGUCGCUCGUGCUUGGCAAUCUACGGCAAUUCUUCCAGUGUCAGGCAGGCGAGAUUGACUUCAAGUGGCAAGAAUUGUACGGUGAUGUCGUCAGGUUCAAAGGACCAUUUGGCGAAGAUCGUCUGCUUGUGUCGGACCCCAAGGCACUUCAGCAUAUCUAUCAAACUUCGCGGUACGACUUCGCCAAGCAGGCAGAAAGGAGGGAGGUUUCUCGCCUGAUCUCAGGGCGUGGGGUUCUCUGGGCGCACGGCCACGACCACCAAAGGCAAAGGAAGAUCAUGAAUCCCGCCUUUGGACCGCGUGAAACGAAAGCGUUCGCCCCACUGUUCUCCGAUGUUGCUUCGAAGCUAGGAGGUAAAUGGAAAGACUUCAUAUCUCAAUCUCCAAACCAAGAGUCUGUUAUUGACAUGACGAAAUGGAUUGGACCAGCGACCCUGGAUGCGAUGGGAAUCGCUGCCUUUGAUUAUGAAUUCGGUACUCUUGAUAAUUCCGACAACGAAUUGGGCAAUGUCUUUGCUAACAUGUGCGUGGAGGUUUUUGGAUCAUUAUCCGCGAAAGAUAUCCUUCGGCAAGCUCUGGCUGGGUAUCUUCCCAAGGCUAUCUUUCGAUAUAUUGGAGACAACGCGCCGAAUCAUAGACUCGAACAGCUUCGAAAGGCAUCCGCGGUGGCGACCAAAGUUGCGAAAGAGUUGAUUGACGGGAAGGUAGAAGCCUUGGAAGUCGGGAAAGGGAAAUCCGAUGUUAUGAGCUUGCUGGUCCAAGCCAAUGUCUCUGAGGAUGAGAGUACGCGCAUGUCGGAGGAAGAGAUGAUAGCCCAAAUGCGGACGUUCCUCUUAGCAGGCUAUGAAACGACAGCGACGAGUCUAUGCUGGGCCCUACUAGAAAUUGCUCGCCAUCAAGACGUUCAGACCAAGCUUCGUCAUGAAAUCCAUCGCAAGGAACGCGAAAUCCGGGAACGAGGAGAUCGCGGGCUUAGUGCUAGCGAUUUCGACACCAUGCCGUAUCUGACUGCGGUGAUCAAGGAAAGUCUGCGGUUUCAUCCGGCUUCACCCAGCACGUACCGCGAAACUAUGAAAGAAGAUGUCCUUCCGCUUCUGAAGCCUAUCACAACUCUUUCUGGCAAGGUCAUUACCGAAUUGCCUGUACCGAAAGGUCUGAAGGUGGUCACGUCAAUCAAUGGUUACAAUAGACACAAAGAUGUCUUCGGCUCUGAUUCCCAUGUAUAUGAUCCCGAACGUUGGCUAGUACCAGGCCGUAUCGAAAAGACCGCAUACGUCGGAGUCUACGGCAACUUGCUAAGCUUCGCCGGAGGUGUGCGGUAA